GCUGCCUGUUGCAAAAAAAAAUGGCGAGGCCCCUGGCCCCUCGGUCCGCAUCAGCCCCGGGAGUGCUCGGAGUCUCCGGUCCCGUGAGCCCGUUAUGACUCGGGAGGAUGGAGAAGCUGUCGGCGAGCCUGUCGGAGAUCGCGUGGAGCCCGUUGGCCCUGCCGCUGGACGCGGUGGUCAGCAAGUUCCGGUUGCCUACUUUGGUCCGUCUAGCCCACGGUGAGUGUGUGGAGGGCCUUGCGGAGGAGGACGUGGUGCUGCUCCACUCGUGCCGCCAGUGGACCACGGUGACGGCCCACAGCCUCGAGGAGGGACACUACGUCAUCGGUCCCAAGAUAGACAUCCCACUCCAGUACCAGGGGAGGUUCAAGCUGCUGGACGAGGACCGUGACGUGCGCGACCCCGUGCAGUACUUCUGCAGCGUGGAGGAGGUGGCCGCCGCCUUCCCCGACCGCGUCUUCGUCAUGGAGGCCAUCACCUUCAGUGUCAAGGUGGUGUCCGGGGAAUUCAGCGAGGACAGCGAACAGUACAGCUUCACUCUGCAGGCUGGGGAUGAGCUGUCACUCAUGGGGAAGGCGGAGCUCCUGUGUGCCACGCCCUCUCGGGAGAAGAGUGGACUGAGCGCGCUCCUCAGGCGGCUGGGCAAGACGCCCCGAAGUAAAACCCCGUGCCUGGUCUGCAUGAACCACCGCACCAACCAGAGCCUGAGCCUGCCCUUCGCCUGCCGCGGCCGCUUCUGCACGCGCUCCCCGCUGGAGCAAGGCAUGCUGGGCACCGAGCACACGGUGCGCAGCGUCAUCGAGCGCGUGCGCCUCCCCGUCAACGUGUCGGUGCCGGCGCGGCCGCCGCGCAACCCCUACGACCGGCACGCCGUGCGCGAGGGCCACCGCUACAAGCUGCUCAACAUCGUCAGCAAGACGGUGGUGCUGUGCCUGGUGCUGCGGCGGCAGGAAGUCUCGCCCUCCCACUUCCUGCUGCUGCGCUGCAUGCCCCGCUUCGCCGUGGCCGAGGCCUCCGUGCACGCGGCGGCGCUGGAGAGCCUGCUGCUGCGCCACGCCUUCGACGCCGACGCCUACUCACGCGCCGUGAGGGAGACGCGGCCCGAGCUGGAGGGCGUGGCCGAGGAGUGCGUGAGCCCGCGCCGCUCCGGGGGCGUCUGCGUGUCGGACGCGCUGGGCCCCGCCCUGCACCGCAUCGCGCUCUGCGGCUACGGCGGCGGCAGCUACGGCGGCGGCGUUAGCAAUAACGGCGGCGGUGGGGGUGGCGAUGCGUCGGAGGCGCUGUCCCGCCGCUGCAGGGUCUCGCUGGGGGAGGCGCCCCUGGAGGAGCGGGAGUACACGACGCCCGAGUGGUCCGACGCCGAGAGCCGGGCCGGGGAGGAGAUCCCCUAUGAGGAGCUGUGGACCAAUCAGAACGCAGAGGGCCUGGGCAAGGAGCCCAACCUCAUCGCCUUCCACUCCUCCUCCUCUAUGGACGGAAUCCUGGGCACCGUGGUGACCAGCGUGGUGUCAGCCCCGCCCCCCAUACCACCAAAGUCAGACGCUGUGAGAGAGGAGUGCCGGUUCCUCAUCGCCCCUCCCAUCCCUCCUCGCUGUUCUAAAGCGGAGUGUGUGUCCAGCCCGGCCCCCAGCCCCCCCGUCCCCCCGCGCUUCCCCAAGCUCUCCGCCUCCCCCCGACCCAACAGGUCCUUCUACUCCUCAGGCCUGCAGGACAGUUUGUCCCCCUCUCCAGACAACUCCCUGUACUGCUACCCUUGCUCCUGGGGCGACUGCCCCGCCCCCUUGCCCGCCCAACCAAGCCCUGAGCCAAUCCCCAGCCUCCCUGCCGGGGGAACGUCCAAUCCGCACCCGGCCCAGGCCACCUGGUCCGAGCCCUGGCUGGAGUCGUACAGCUCCGGUCCUCGCCUCAGGCCGCCACCCCCUCAGAGCCGAUUCGCUCCCUUCGGAGCGCUAAAUCCCUUCAACCGCCAAUCCCCAUGCCCGUCCCCCGAGCCCCCGGCCAAUCCUGCGACAGACAGCUCCCGAGGUGCGGAAGGGGGCGGGACUUCGAUGGGAGGGGGCGGGGACACGUCGCUGGCCCUGGCCGGCGACCCCGCCUGGCGGCCCCCCGCCGACCUCUCUGCUCUCUCAUUGGAGGAGGUGUCCGCCUGCCUGCGGUUCAUCGGCCUAUCGGAGGCGGCGGUGGGCGUGUUCCAGCGGGAGCGCAUCGACGGCCGCCUCCUGGUGCAGCUUACCGAGGACAUCCUGUCACAUGACUUCCACCUGAGCAGACUGCACGUCACCAAGAUCACACAGUUCAUACAGGGCUGGCGGCCCAAGAUAUAACACACACACACACACACACACACACACACACACACACACACACACACACACACACACACACACACACACACACACACACACACACACACACACACACACAGACACACACAUCAACACUACACAGCCUACACUGUCCUUAAUAAUGUGCCUGUUGGCCACUGAGCCAUUCUGAAUGUGCCUUUUACUGGGAUCAACCAGCUGUGAAGGCCUGGUUACUGGAGCACGCCUUACGGCCGGUGUGAGAAGCUGUCCUUGGACGGGCUGCUAUAGGGGGGCCCGUGCCUCCAUAACUCAUAAUGACUGAGAGUCUGCUGCACAACACAAGGAGACAGGGACUAUAGUUUACUAAUAAAGAAGGACGGCUGGAGACUAGUGAUGUGGUAGCGUAUCUACAGUUAGUGUUUCGACCUCUUCAGUUGCUGCUGGGAAAAAUGAACAAAGUGAUGUUGCCUGGAUUACCGUGGGUGGAAUGGAAGAACAACAUGUGCUGUGAAGACGGUGAGAGGAUUAGGUUGAUAGAGAUGUAUUGGUUUUGUGUUGGGCGUACGAUUAUAAACCACACGAGAGAAAUCUGAGCCGUGCGAAAUGCAUUAGCUGACCUUUUUUUUUUUUAAGCCAGCAAUCUUGUCGAUCGGCACUUGAGUGUCAAUAAAUAGAUAUAAACAAACAUCCUGUCAAUUCGACAGGAUGUCUCCUCUUUUGUCAAAGAGGAGACGUCUUACAGAGAAAGGGGUGGUGCGGGUUGAAAAUACACUGCGACACUGCCUUGGUACACUCUGGUAGGCAGGCAGAGCGGCAAGAUCCACCAAAUGGCUGGAUCUAAUACAAUUUCCCAUAGUUCACAAUUAGAGUUCUCAGAAGGACUCUCAGGCUGCCAUUCCUGCCACUGAAGACUUCCACGGGACAAUAAAGAUGUGACGCUCAAAUGUGUUCCGUGCAACAGGAAAAAAAACGCAGGGAUUCUUUGACAGAAAGUUACGCUACCAUCGCGGAAAUCGGUGGCUCCUUGGAAAAACAAAGGCAUGAUUAAUGCCCAAACCUGGAUGGUUUGGAUCAAACUAUUUCACAGUGGGGUCGUUUUAGGAAGAACACAGGAGUUUAACUAAUUAUGGGUCUCUUCCUUUUGUAUACCAGUGCACAGGCACUAGACUCAUCUUUACUAUGUUAGUUGGUGCUGGUUCAAAACCUGAGCAGGCCCCUAAAUAGUGUUGUGCAUUACAUUGAGUUUGUCCUACAGCGACUCCUCAGUGUAAAGGGAAUAUAAAGGGGCCAGGGGUUCCGGGAAGUGGAUGAGCUCGGGAGCCUUCCCCCAGCCCUCCAUACUGACUCCAGGCUGUGUGGACAACGUUUCUUGCCGUUGUGAUGCUGGUACGGGCCAUCGUUGUGCACUUGGUGGAGAUGCUGGUGAACCCCCAGGGACUGGUGUACACAUAUUACAGCUGACUGGUGUUCAUGGAAACAAGACUUAUCAAGUAUGCUGCUGGAAUAAUAAAUAAUAAGGUUAUAAUAACGUUUCGUUUUUACACGCUGUUGAUUAUUAAAUACACUUAAGUGAGAGGAAAUGUAUGAAAUACGCAAGUGUGCAUGCACAUGCAUAUUCAUAUCUACAGAAAUUAUAUACGGGAAAUAAACAGUCUGAUGUCACUCAACAACCACAACUCAGACUAAUAACAUAUUAAUGGGUUAUGAU